AUGAAGGCCAACGUUAUCGCCGCUACCAUCCUCGCCGCCUUCUCGGCUGGCAUUUUCGCUCAGGAGAAGCAGGAGGGCGAGUUCCCCACCGACCUCCCCAAAGACUUCCCCAAAGACUUCCCCAAAGACUUCCCCAAAGGCUUUCCGACCGCUUUGCCUUCCGGCUUCCCUACCGGCUUCCCUACCGGCUUCCCCCAAGGCUUCCCUUCCGGCUUUCCCACCCAGAUCCCCGGCGCUGCUAAGCCCACCGGUGGCUUCGGCGGAAACUUUCCCCACUUUGGCGAUCACUCUGGCUUCCACACCCGCACCCGCAAGCCUCACGAGAAGGCUGGCGGCCUUGGCGCCCGGGCUGCCGAGACUGACCUCCCCACCAGCACCCACUCCCACCAUGCCCACCCUACGGGCAAGGGCAAGCAUCACAAGGGCAAACACCACGGCAAGGGCAAGAACCACGGCACCGGUGCCCUCCCCUCCGGUCCUCGCCCUACCCAUCAUCGCGGCGGUGCUAAGCCCUCCGGCGGCCUCGGCGGCGAAUUUCCCGCCCUCGGUGGCGGUGCUCCCUCUGCUGAGCCCACCCCUGCUUAA